AUGGAAGGUUUCCUGUAUUCACUGGAGGACGAGUUCUUGGACUUCUGUGAUCCGCUUGAUUAUACUGACGAAUUAGACUCCACAUAUUCCAACGAAUCGGAUCAAGAAAAUCACAUUCAGAAUGUUUCCCUGGAUCCCUCGAACCCGCCUGUGAAGAAGAUUCAGCAACGAAAAGCCGCCAACAUGAGAGAACGGCGAAGGAUGAAGUCCAUCAACGACGCAUUCGAACACCUGAGAACAUGCAUUCCGACCACUGUGAACAACGACCGCCGCCUGUCUAAAGUGGACACGCUCAGACUGGCCAUCCGAUACAUUAGUCACCUCUCGGACAUGGUGAAGAGUUGUAACGGUUUCGGAAACAAUUCCCGCUUUUCUAAGAACAAUAAACCCCAGGAAAAGGUGGUGCUGAGGUGUCAUUUUGCAGAUUUCUGUAAUAAUGGAAUGGAGGAGGAUUCGACUCUGAUUGGUCAUUCUCUCUCGUGGUGUAAUACAAAGUUACAAAAGUAUCCAGAAAAGAAACUCUCGGCCAAAGUUUGGAUGCCGGAAAAUCCCACCGAAUCAGACUUUAUUAAUCUGUCCAACUACGCUGGGGAGUACACUUCUUGA